GAAUGUUUGUUGUCUUAACCUCGCAAUAAAAAUGUAACAUGCAGUGCAAUUUACUUGUAACGAUGUGACAGAACACACGAAGAUAACAUUCGGGAUAAAAGUUAUAAACAACAAUGGCAUAAUGCAUAAAAACAUGAAUUCCCCGACUAAACUCACGGAGUUUGCUCCGUUGAGCCCAGAAGGAAGUCCGCCUGCUGUGACUUCUAUUUUUUCAAAAUUUUUCAGCUUUUCAAAAAACUCAACACCCAGCAGCACAGAACCUCCGACUCCUGUUGAUGAAAAAGAUAGUAUAUCGGAGACUUCUGAGGUAUGGAAACCUUCAACAGUUCAAAAUAUAUCACCAUCCGAAGAUGCAGAAAUUAAAAGUAACUAUUCAGUUGAUAGUAGCGAAGGUCGAAGUCUCCCUAAUGUCUUAAAACGAAUCAGCAACAUUGUAGCUCAUAAGAGUAACAAUCUUCAGUCUUACAAUGAUUCUCAAUUGAGGAGUUAUUGGAUGCCGGAUAAUGUAAGCAAACAAUGUUAUGAGUGCGGAGAAAGAUUUACUACAUUUAGAAGACGGCAUCAUUGUAGAAUAUGUGGCCAAAUUUUUUGCUCCAAGUGCUGCAGCGAUGAAGUGCCUGGCAAGAUAAUGGGUGUUACUGGUGAUUUAAGAGUUUGUACAUAUUGCUGCAAAGUAGUUUUGUCUUACCUGCAAUCCUCUGAUAUGAGAAGUGCACUGUCAGCAGAUUUGAAAGCCCUCCAAGAAGAUCUUGAGGAAAAAUAUGGUAAUAGUGCAGUACCACAAUCAUCUAAAAAAUCUACAAGUGAAAUUUCAGGAAAUGAUACAAGUGCAAAGCGUAAACCUAGUGUUGGAUAUAUGGAAGAAAAGUAUGCUUUUGGGAGAACUCCACAAAAUCUGUCGACUCAAGAAAGAGCUUUUGCGCUACAGAAUUCAGCCUCAUUGAGAAUGAUUUAUGAAGAAAUGUUUCGGUCAAGUCAGGCAAUAACUUUGCAAACUCAUAGAAUACGAUUAAACCGAUACUACAAUUGUUUUUUAGGAAAUGAGUUAGUAAAUUGGUUGAUCAGUCAACAAAAAGCAGCAACAAGAAUACAAGCAAUAGCAUUGGGACAAGCAUUAUUUGAAGCUGGCUUUAUAGAAUCCGUCCUAUUAGAAAAUGCCUUCAGUGAUUCAGCUGCAUUAUUUAAGCCGGCAAAAUUAUCUCGUGUUAAAAGUAAGGAUUUCAUUUCAGAAAAUAAACCUUCUUGCGAUGCUCAAGAACCAGCUUGGGUAAAAACUAUUCCACAAUAUGAUUCAACAACAGAUUCAGAUGGUGAAACGAAGCAACCAUUGCAAGCCGUCUCGCGUUUACCUAGUUCUGGCUCGAGUUUUUAUUUAGAUUUAGAUUUGGAAGCUUCUACUGUAUCCUUGAAAAGGCCCACGUCAAACGAAAUAUUAGAUUUCUCAGGGUCAGACAGCCACAGUGAAAUUAUCGAACACAAAGAAGUAAAUUUUCAAUGUCAAGAAAAUUCCAAUGUACCGGAAGAUCUACUUAACGAUACACUCCUUGUGCAAGAAAAGAAAGGUGCAGGCGGCUGGAACGAGAUAAGCAAUUUGAAAUCGUCUUACGGCGAAGCCAGCUCUUACCAAAGUAUCGCAUCCGCUUACAAACAACACGAGGAUACCCUCAUUCGUCAGUUGCUCAACAAAGAGGGCCUGUCGCAGAGCUGGUCCGAGAUCAUCCUCAGGAUCGCCCACCAAGUGGUCGAGCACGUGCGUCCCGACUUGCAUCACGACGCCGACGACAUGGACAUCAGGCAGUACAUACAGAUAAAGAAGUCACCCGGCGGCAACAGGAAAGAUUGCGAAAUCGUCUCGGGCAUCGUGUGCAGCAAGAACGUGUCUCACAAGAGCAUGAACGCGAUGAUAGCGAAUCCAAAGAUACUGCUGUUGAGGUGUGGCAUCACGUAUCAACGCGUCGAGGGAAAAUUGUUGAGCCUGGAACCGAUUCUGAUGCAGGAAAGUCAGUCUCUGCAGCACACGGUGGCGCGGAUAAAUUCGUUGAGGCCCGACAUCGUCCUCGUGCAUAAAUCCGUCUCGAGAUUGGCCCAGGACAAAUUGCGCCAAAGCGGAGUGACGCUGGUUCUGAACGUCAAACUCAGCGUACUCGAGAGACUGGCGAGAUGUACCGGUGCCAACAUCGUCGACACCAUAGAUGCUCACAUUUCCACUAGAUCUCGACUCGGAAUGUGCAAAAAAUUUUACUUGAGAAAUUUUUCUGCUGAAAAUACUAUGAAAACCCUCAUGUUUUUCGAAGGCUGCGCGAAUCCUCAUUUGGGCGGUACGGUACUGUUGAGAGGAGGUUCCGCAAUCGAAUUGAAAAAAGUGAAAAAAGUGACGUCGAUGAUAAUAUUCUCUGCGUAUUCGUACCUUUUGGAGAAAUCAUUUCUGAUGGACGAGUUUGCGCGGCCACCGUCGCCCAAGGAUAAUUCCUUUCUCGAUGAUUCGUCGCGUAACAGUUCACCGAGCAAAAGUAAAAAACGUAACCAAAGUACCGAACCGAAAGCGGAAAAGUCAGCGGCUCAUAAGAGAAUAUCGUUCCCAAAUAACGACCACGAUAUUUCCGAAGAUGAAUCGAACAACGACGGCUCGUUAGCGAAGUACACGAAUACAUCCGAUGAAGCUAGCAACGAACAGCUUCAAAAUCAAGAAAGUAGGAAUUUCAAUCGAUCAUCUAUGGAUACGUCGAAUUACUACGACACCUUGAAACUGUUCAAAUCCAAACCUAAGAGCAGUUCGGAUGGUAAAAAUGACAAGGAUAGCUCGCUGUCGAUUCAAGAAAAGUAUUCGGAGAGCGAGAUAGACAACACGCUCGAACUGUUCAGUCGCAACAGCAGCAGCAGCGGCAAUUGCAACCAAAGCAAGGAAACGGCGAGCGGAAGCGGCUCGCGAUCGUCUCGCGAAGCGGUGGCCUUGCUACCGUCGUCGAGUAGCGGAGACGAGAAGCAGCAGCAGCAGCCUCGGGCUCACGGCGGAGAAUCGGUGAGCGACCGUAGCGAUCCGUUGCAUCAGUAUCUCAACGAGGACGAGGAUGACGACAACGAGGUGUUUCAUCAGGAGCUGCUGCAGCCCCCGGUCAGCAGUCCGAACGGACAGCGGCUGAGCGUCGCCGAGCUGCCGCUGCUCAACAACUUCAAAAAGUCCCUCGAGGGCACGGUACUGAGCAUCUCGCCCUACGUCAAGUUCUCCAUACCGUACCUCGAGACCGAGCUCGGUCGGCACUGCGUGCUCCGCAGCUUCUUCCCCAAGGAGCUCUACUAUUCGGCCUAUUUUUCCGAAAAGAUGGAAGCGCCCAAAUCGAUAGCCGCUUCGGAGCCUUCGUUGCCGGAGGGUCUUCUGACGGACGUGAAUCCGUUGCCGGCUCACUCGUUCGUCACGAGCAGAUUGACGAAACCGUCCGGCAGUCAGGAGAUUCGCGAUCAGUUGGCGCACUUUCGCGCCUGCGGAGGUCGGCUGCCGAAGGUCGUCGGCCAAGAGGCCGAGGAGCGAGCCGAAAAACUUCGAGCCCCGCUGGUGUUGGAGCAGCAGCAACAGCCCGAACAAGCUGCCGCCGCUGCUUCUCUACAAGCCGCCGCUUGGCCCGAUUGCCUGGACUCGGCCAGUCAUCAGAGGCUCUCCGUCCUCUUCUGCAGUUUUUUGCGGAACACGAGCACAAACAACACGGCUGCCUUUUGCGUCAAUCCGUGGGUGGUCAACAUGGAUCUGUACGGUCGCAACGACAUCCCUCUCGGCCGUUUCCUCGAGCGCUACUGCCUCACGACGGAGUACAAGUGCCCGGCGCAGAACUGCCGCGCCCAGAUAGCCCAGCACGUGCGUCGCUUCGUGCACGACGGCGGCUGCGUCUACAUCAGCCUCAGCGAAAUGAACACCGAUCCGUUCAGCCAUCUCAGUCAGGACAAUCCCAAGCAGAUCUUCAUGUGGAGCAAGUGCUCCAAGUGCAAGAGCGUCUCGGCGGUGGUGCCGAUCUCCGAGGAGACCUGGUCGCUGUCGUUCGCCAAGUAUCUCGAGCUGCGCUUUCACGCCUCGGUGUACACGCGCCGCGGCGGCGGUGCCACCACCACCGACACUGGCACCAGCCAGUGCUGCCAGCACUCGCUGCACCACGAUCACCAGCAGUACUUCUCGCGGCGCAACAUGCUCGCCUGCGUGCGCUACAGCCGCGUGUCCCAGUGGGAGAUCUCGCUGCCGCCGCCGCUGAUCGACGUCGGCCACCACGAUCCGCGGCUUCAAGCCGGCCUCGUCGAGGAGACGAGGCUGGUGGCGCUCAAGGGCGACGAGGUGUUCAGCCAAGCCAAGGACCGGAUCGCGGCGCUGCAGCUGGACGAGGCGAGCGCCGCCGACAUGAUCAAGCGCCUCGCCAAGGACCAGCAGUACUUCAAGAGCAAGAUGGAGGAGCUGCAGCUGAAGCUCACCUCGCCGAGUCUGAGCGCCGAGAAGUCAUCGUCAGGCAGCGGCAGCAGCAGCAGCAAGUCUCAGGACCGCCAGGUUCAGAGCAUCAUGCACAGGGUCGAGGACAACAUCGUCAUACUGAAGCGUCUGAUAGCCGAGAUGGUUCAAACGUGGAAUACGCGUUUGGCCGAGGCCGUAGUACGUCGCAAGGAGGAAAAACAAUCGUCGACUCCUGUGCCGGCUCGUAAAACGCAACCACCGCCGAGCUUGCCGCUCGACACGAGCGACUGCACGACGACGGAAGACUCGAUUGCCGCCGCCGCCGCCGCCGCAACCGCCGACGUUUCGAAAGAGAAUCAAAGCCUCGACGACACCAGUCCAGUCUCGGCGGACUUCAAUGCGGUCGACGCGAUCGCGGCCAUACAGCAGCAAGAGCAACAAUCGCAGCGCAGCCAUGCGUUGGAGUACGAAACUCACGAGUCUGUCUUGGAUACCAAUCCCGAAGAGAUCGUGGUUAUUCAAGGAUAUCAUUGCAUAGUAGAUUUAGAAUCAGGUUCACCAAAAGUACAAAACAAGUUGCCCGUAGAAAUCAUUCCAUCGGUUCCCGAUGAGCCUCAAGAUAAGAAAAAGAAGAAAAAAACCAUCUUAUCGCAAGUGUGGUCUUCAACGCCAAAUACUCAAAUCAUAACGAAUCCUUUGGGGACAUCGGAACACCAUCUAUUACCAUUGGGGUCAGUCGUACCGAUCAUUGUUUACGAAUCUGAGCCAUCAUCGAUCAUAGCGUACGCACUGGAUUCGCAUGAUUACAAGCAUACUCUGCAAGAGCAGCUCCGCCUAAGCCGUGGUUCCGAUUCAAAUUCGAGUCCUCUGAACAAGAGAAAAAAUCAGGAAAACAAGGAUAGUACAUCCGAACUUACUCAGUCCGGCGAAUCGAAGCGACCGUCAGUUUUAUCAUUUUUACGCGGAAAUAGCCCAAAUCCAAAUUAUCUCGGCAGUCCCGUGGACAUCGAUAAAUCGGCGCCAACUUCCGAGAUGUCUCCACCAACUUCGGCGAGCGCGACCGAAUUCGACGACGAGAAAAAAUCGUCCAAUAAACAGCAGCAGCAACAGAAUUACAUCGAAGUUCAAUUUGCCGAUUCGACGACUAACUUUUACUGUCGCAUCUACUUCGCUGCUCAGUUCGCCGCCCUGAGAGAAAGCGUUCUGCUUUGCGGCGAGGACGGAUACACGAGGAGUCUCGCUCGGAGUAUUCAGUGGGCCGCACGCGGCGGAAAAAGUGGAAGCACCUUUUCCAAAACACGAGAUGAUCGAUUUAUCUUGAAAGAAAUGACCAGAAUGGAUUUGCAAAUUUUUUUGGAUUUUGCUCCUAAUUAUUUUGCUUAUAUGGAAAAAUGUCAACAGACUAAACAACCAACAUUGCUGGGAAAAAUCGUUGGUAUUUACCGAGUUUCCUUCAAAAAUAAUACGACUAAUGCUGCUCUUAGAACGAGUGUGUUAGUAAUGGAAAAUUUAUUCUAUAACCGAAGUAUUACUGAUAAGUUCGAUCUCAAAGGAUCACAAAGAAAUCGAUUAGUCAAUCUGGAAGAUUUUGAUCACGAAGGAGAACUUGUACUUUUGGAUGAAAAUUUAUUAAACAUGAGUUGUGACUCUCCGUUGUACAUAAGACCACACGCCAAAGCUGUUCUUAAUAAAGCUAUUGAAGAAGAUACUAAAUUUUUGGCUGACAACUGUGUCAUGGAUUAUUCACUACUUGUGGGUCUCGAACCAAACUCAGAUGAACUUGUGAUCGGUAUUAUCGAUUAUUUACGCACAUUCACGUGGGAUAAAAAAAUUGAAACAAUGGUAAAAAAAUCAGGCAUUUUGGGGGGCCAAGGUAAAUUACCAACGAUUGUUUCUCCUGUGGAAUAUCGUUCCCGUUUUAUUACUGCCAUGCACAAGUAUUUCCUGCCAGUUCCUGAUAGAUGGACUGGACUUAGUCGAGGUGUUACAGUGACGCAAUAAUCGUUCCUGAUAAAGUUUUAUCACGGGUAAAUUUUUAUUACCAGUUUGAUUCAUUAGAUGAAUUCGAGUUCACAUAUGAACAUUUUAAAUUACAAAAUUUUACUUGGCGCAUCAUAAUUUGACAAUAUUUCACAAUGUUUCGUAGUUAUAUCGUAAAUGUAUCAAUCUUUCAUUGAUGAGAAAUCGUAUUUCAAAUUUAAUAUUUUAAUACAUUAGUUAGAAAUUGUUGUAGCUUCUUUAUAAGGUGAUAUUAAGAUAAUUUUUAUGAAUAUACCGAUGAAAAUCAACGUACCAAAAGCUUUGUUAUAUCAUGACCGUUUGAAUUUUUAUAACGAAAAUGGUUGUUAUGUUUGGAAUUUUGAUAGACUAUAAUCUGUUGAAAAGUAUUUUUAUAUAAUAUCAUGUUGUAUGUGACAGCCACCGUGUGACUAUUGUAAUAAUAAAUGUAAAUUAAUUACAAAAAAGUUGAAUAUAUU